CAUGGUCAUAGACAUGGUCGACUCCCCCUGUAUAUAAGAUUAAUAACCUUUAGUUCAGGGGGAGAAGGUUGAUUCGUUGAGUAUAAUGAAUAUUUUUCUGAUUUCCCCUCCUGGAUACGCGAUCAGCAUUCAUUAAAUCCGGGGGUACGGAAACGUUAACGUGAAUGGAAUCGUUAGAAAAAUAGAAUAUUUUUUAACGUUACAAAUUUUAUUUGUUGUUUCUUGAAGCAAAAUCAUCCGUAAAACAUGGACGAAAAAGUUCCUGAUAUGGAAGAAGUGCAAAAUAAAGAUGGUUUAGCAAUCUUUAAAGAUGUAUGCGUUUAAUUUUGUGUUCAAAUCUCGGCUCAUUUGUUUAUGCGACGAGUUUAAUAAAUACAGCCGGCCAUUUAAAUAUUGCAAAAGGCUAACUUGUUUUUGUAUGUGUUUUAAAUUCUAGGUUUUCCGAAGGGCUGACAAGAACGGUAUGUAUAAAGUUAUUAAUUUAGGUGGUUUUGUUAAGUUUAAAGCUUUAAAAUGUAGGCAUUGUUUCACAAUUAUUUGUUUCAAGUGAAUCAAAUGUAUUGAUAGAAGUGUUUAAUAAUUCAGUUGAUUUGAGCAGCUGUAAUAGUUUAUGUAAACUAAAAGUGCUUCUCUAGAAGUAUAACGAUCGAUUUAGCAAAAGCACACUUCAGAUCAUAAACAGAUCUCAGAUUAGAUUGGAAGGGCUAAUAUAUGUUAACAAAAUUAUUUAAAAAGCAUAAAUUUAUACAUGACUUAGAUUCUUGCACUUCACUUGGUUGAAUUAAUAUUAGAAUGUUAGGGUUUGGGAUCCAAGUGAGAAUAUAUACAUUUUAAGACCUAACCAGGAACGACUGCGAAAAAUGCAGAACAAGGUCCUCUGGUAGGAAUUGAACCUAUGGCCCUGCGAUUCCGGUGCAGUGCUCUAACCAUAUCUAUGGCUCUAACCAACUGAGCUACAGAGGCCAGCUGUUAAGCUGUAACCGUAAGUUCAUGUAUAUUAGGGAUGGGCCGAUAUCGAUACCAAAUACUCGAUACUAUCGAUACCAGGGUUUUGAAGAAAAGUAUCGAUACUGGCAAGAAAUAUCGAUGUUUCGAUAUUUCUGCGCCUGCGCUAUUUUUUCAUUUUGAUCAGUGGCAUCAUCAUGAAAAUGAUACCAAAAAGCCAACAAAAAGCCUAAAUAGGCGUAAAUACUAGAAAAAUAGUUCAUUUUCUAUGGUGCUAUAAUGGUCCACGGGCAGGAUGGGAGUUUCUGGUUAUGUUGGUUGCAAUCACUGACAUAUAUUAUUCAAUGUUUAUAUUGUUAGCGUUGUUGCCGUUGUUAAUGAUUAAAAAUAGUCUUUUUGUUGUUAUGGUUCUUCGAGUUGGGAAAAUAUCGAUAUCGGUAUCGAUAUCGAAAAAACCCGGCAAAUAUCGAGGAAAUAUAGUAUCGAAUGAAAAAGCUGGUAUCGCCCAUCCCUAAUGUAUAUAUAGGUAAUCGGGUGUGCGGGUUGUGAUAAGGUGGACUUUAUGCCUUUUUUGCUGAGUCAACCUUCUGUUUGUCUUUAUUCUGUGACCCUCCCAAUCAAUAAAAUGAAGCUUAAUAUUUAUAUUAAAUUUAUAAAUACUAAAUUAAUCUGCUGGUUUAAUUAACCAAUCAAUGGACAAUUUUGGAAAGCUUGAAAAAAUCACGAAAUGGUGGAAUCUGGGUGAUUAGUUUGAACCCUACCAGCAUCACAGAAUAUAAAAGACACACAGAAGGUCGACUUGGUUAAAAAAGCGUACCGCUGCCACGCCAUGAUUUGUCAGCAUUUUGAUGAUGAAUUACGGUUACACCAAAAUCAUAGGAAAAAACAAGAAAUCAGGCAUCUGUAUAGUCUUUAUUCUGUGGCACCCUACCCUGGAACAUUGUUUACACUAACUGGUGUCAAAUUCACAAAGGUGGAUUAUUAUGUAGUGUUACACAAUGCUUUCCAAAAACCCAAACCAGCUUAGAUUUAACCUGGCACAAACCCAGGUUAGUGUCUUUAACAAAUGUGAAUCUGGUAUAUAUCUCGCACAUAAUUAUAAAUUUAUAAUCAUGUUGUUUAGAUGAUGGUGCCUUGUCAAUGGCAGAGUUUAAAACAUUUUUCAGUGAUAAUAUUUUAUCUGAACCAGAUCUGGAGAAACUUUUCAAUGACAUUGAUACUCACAAUACUGCGUAAGAAUAAUUAUUGAGUUCCGGUUUGCUGAUUAACAUUUUUAAAGAGUCCUGGUCAACCACAAUGCAAUGUGUGCGUUUGUUUAAUACGUUUCUGUUACGUUGUGGGCCAGAGGCAGCCAUUUUUGUGGCCUCGAAAAUGGCAGCAACAAUUGAGAAAAGUAAUGGAAAAACAUAAACAAAAUCUCGCAUUGCACUGUGGUGGACCAGGACUCUUUAACCAAGUGACAAAUGUUUAACUGCCAAAAACUAAGCAGUUUACACUUUCUCUUCAUUCCAGCAAUAUUGACACACAGGAACUUUGUGGUAUGUUUAUAAUGUAGUACCAUACAAUAAAUUCAAAUUACUUAUGAAUACAGGAGGUAUACCCCCCUAUAGCCCUGGCAUUGCAGGGAGAGUACCAAUUUCCUUCUCUUUUGUUUGUCUUAACCAAAAGCAAUUACUUCAACCAAUCAAAGAAUUUAUUCUCCAAGACUCCAACCUAUCACUCUAAGUUUGCCCUUGGACGUAGCCAUGGCCUGUUUGAACAUUAGAAUAUUGCUGUACUCCUCUGUGGUAGUUGCAAGGGAUCACUAUAGAUAUAAACUGUGAAGGGAUGAAUGAGGCGAGAAUUGUAAUCAUGAUAAAGGUCAAUGCCCAGCAUAAUAGGGCCAUUUAUACGUGACAAAAUAAGUCGCAACUUACAUAAGACGCGACUUAAAUAAGAGGAGUUAUCGCAUAAAUGGUUCUCUACGGCUUUGGUCUUAUUUAUUUGCUAUAGCUAUAAUGUUGUUUUGUUUUUUGUUUUUUUUUAAUAUGCAAGGCAUUAAAUUUACGUUGUUUCAAGUUUCUGGCAUGUGUAGUUAGAUUUUUUGUCCAAAAUUUCUUAUUUAAGAUGCGACUUAAAUAAGAACAGCUAAAAGACCUGUUCUUAUGUAAGACGCGUCUUAUCCAAGACGCGUCUUACAUAAGAAUUUUUUACCUUUUAUACGACAAACUUGCGUCUUACUUAAGUCGCGUCUUAUGUAAGUCGCGUCUUAUUUUGUUCCGUAUAAAUUUCCCUAAUGUCUAAGAAUAUAAUACCUAUAACAAGAAAUUUUAUAGAUUUGUAUUUGUGUAAGAACUAACAUUUCAUCUUGUACUCAAGACAUCUUCAGGGUUAAUUAAGGAAGUAAUUGUAUAAAUUGAAAUUACAAAGCUAGAUAUAUCCCUAUUUGAUGAUGAAUUAUAUGCACCCUUUUUGAAUCAAUGUUCACACCAUGACUACUAGUACACCCCUCCCCUUCCCCCCAUCAUAUCAACGUAGAUCCAACCCUGAUGAUCAUUUUCCCCGCAGAACAAUAAUACCUAUUUUUUAUGAUGUUCAUAGAUUACUUUCAAGAACAUUUGGGACCAUUUUCAUCUAUCUUCUCUGGUCUAGAAAACAUGAACUCUGCUGUUCAUAAUGCUCUAUUAGAGACAUCAAAGGUACUUUAAUUGGAAAAAGUGUAUAAUACUGAGAAAUGGCUAAUUCCUUGCAACUAGGAAGGAGAGAUCUAACUUGCUAAUAUUACUUAUACUUGCAUGACAAGUUAUAUAUAAUAUAUGUACUAGUUUCUUAUACAGCUGCUAGUGCCAGUUGUUCUCCAGUUAUUGAGGAGGGAGGAAUGACUAGUGGUGUAUUCUCAUAGUGAAAGUACUGCUGAAUUAUCUUCUUCUCAUCUUUAUGUCAGAAUUAUCCUGAUUCAAGCUUCUUUGGAAAGUUUACAAGAAGGUUUUUAAUGCAAGAGGUACUCAAUAACUGUAUGUAUAAUUGUGACAGACAGACUAACAAUAGACAAACAGACAGAUAUGUUGACAGGCAUAUAGAGAGGAGUCAUAUAGGAACACAGAUACAGACAGACAGACAGACAAGCUAAUAUUUGGCUGACACAGUCAGAGGGACAAAGAUACAGAUAGGCAGACAGGCAGGAUGACAGACAGAUCUUUAUAGGUUUGAAUAGGUCAUUGAAUUCACGGAAAAAUGUCCUUGAAAGUCCUAAUUGAAUUAAAAAAAUAUGUUAAGAUCUGGAAUGUAUAGGUUUGAAUAGGUUCUUGAAUUCACGGAAAAAUGUCCUUGAAAGUCCUUGAAUUUAAAAAAAAAUCCAGAUCUGGAAAAUCUUUAUAGGUUUGAAUAGUCCUUGAAUUCACGGGAAAAUGUUCUUGAAAGUCCUUGAAUUUAAAAAAAAAUCCAGAUCUGGAAAGUCUUUAUAAUUUGAAUUCUUGAAUUUGAGGUCCUUGAAUUUAUGAAAAAAUGUCUUUGAGAGUCCUUCACUAAAGGGUGGACAACUGCUUAAAUAUAUGGUACCAUUAAAAAUUUUGUACUUUAGGUUACAAACCAGUUGGGUUCACUUCAGUAUCAUGUUGACACAGCUUUGGAGAAGAUUGAGGAAGAUGAACAGAGCAAACGGUACAUGAAUGAAUUUCUUUUCAAUUGGACAGUCAUACUAGUUCAAUUGGAGUUUUACAAGUCACUGUCUAAUGUUCAUCAUUUAACUCCAGAAACGGGAAUCCAUACGUGGAACAGAAAAGUAGCGGAACGAAAACAAAAAUUACUAAGAAGAAAAUUCAAAAUUAUCAACAACAGAUGAGCAAUGAAGGUACAUGACGUAGUUCAAGCCUAUAGAUACACACAUGAUGGUGCACAAAAAAUGUUGCCCCCUGAAUGUCCAAAUAUUAUGAAAUUUUUGGUAUAGACUAAUUUGCAUGAGCAUGGAGAUUUUAAUUGUAAGGUCCAUAUUUGCCAAAUCUGAAAAAUCGAUAACCGGGUACUUGGAUCGAAGGAUACUCCCAGUAUCUUGAUCUUCUUCCGACAUAAUAUUUUGGCAAACUUUGAUAAGUCAAAUAAGCUGCUGUAUUAUUGAAUUAUCCCACACUGCACGAAACGAAAGGAACCCAACGUACAAAGUCCUUGAAUUUUACUCUUUCUCUUUCUGACAUAUACAAACCCUGCUACUAUAAUAUUGGAGAGAAAGAUGCUACAGAGCGUUUGCACAUGACGUCACAACCGCCAUGUUGGUGUUCCAAUUCAAAAGAAUUUUAAUUGGACUCUUUUGUCUGGAACACCAACAUGGCCGCCAUGGCUUCCGUUGAGUUGGUCCCUGGGGAAAUUGAAUGAGUGCAAACGCUCUAUAUUUGUUUUGGAACAUGUUCGUAACAAUUGGCUAAUUGUAUCCAUCAGGUAACUCCGUUUGUCGUCUUUCUUCACAAGUUGACCGUUUAGCUGAGCUGGUAAAUAAACUCGAAUCAAAGGUACUGCUUUGUUAAAAUAAUAGACAGAUCAUUAGAUCAAGGACGCGGACGUCGAAGACGAAUAUGGCGUGGCAUAUCCAUACAUGGACACAACACGCCAUUUUCACGUCGUCUUUGACGUCCACGUCCUCGAUUUAAACCUGUCUAAUUGCCAUAUCUUCCCAUUUCCACUGCUAAGCCUAUAUCAAAUCGCCUUUUUGACAUAGGUGAGGUGAGAUUUUCCAUUCAAAUUAGAUCAGUAUUGUUUAAGAUUAUGAUUUCUAUACAGCAAAACGAGAUGCAAAACACUUCAAAACCGGGCCAUGGACUGUUUACAACAAUUAUACUUUCUUACAACUGUGUAAUCCACCCUGUCAACUUUCCCUGUCAGAAGAAACCGGAGCACCCGGUGUGACGCGAAAUUCCUGACUUGCGAAAUAUCUGACUAUUGUAGAACUGCCCAUGCGCAGACGAUGUGCAUGAAUAACUUUGGCUCAUAAAUUUCGCAACUCAACAGACAACAUGUGUAUUUAUAAAGCAUUACUAUAAGCACCAAAAAUUUUUUCGCGUUUGACCUUCUCAAUUGUCACGAUUUCAGUACUGAGCAAACAGCAACAAUGAGUUCGUGAGUUGCCGAGUUGGCCGUUUAGAUUUGGCGUUGUCUAUAUUAGAAACAUUUGUGGUAACAUCGCAUAUGGACUUAAAAAUCGUUUCGACCGAUUCUAUUUAGCAAACGUCGUGUAUUUCGCGGUCACGACCACACAAUUCGCUUUCGGAAAUUUAAAGUGUUUAUGAUUGAAACUUAGCGAUGUCGAUUUGAAAUAUUUAACGAAGUAUUAGCAAUUAACAUAUCAUGAUUAUUUUAUCUAAACUCUAAAACAUCGUUUUGGCCGACAUAGAAUUUAGCAAGCGUCGUGUAUUUCGCGCCUGCACGCGCGAAAUUUCUGACCCGUUAUGGCUUGGUCAGGUAUUUCGCAGAGGUCAGGAAUUUCGCUUGACACCGGAGAAAACCUAUGACUUUCGGCAGAGCGUUUACUGACUCUUUUCACAUGAAUAGGCAACAAGAGAAUCGAUCCCACCCUCUCAUAGGGGCGCUUGCACUGACGACUGCAGUAUUGAAGCCCACUUAUUGUUCCUAAAUUUCCAAAAAGACCCUCGGCUGAUUUUAUGACAGUUUUUGAACAGAUGUUCAUGGCUUCUCUUCCUGUUUUUGUUGUUUCACCAGGUGAAGUUUAAUGUCGUUGAAGAAGAAAUUGAUCCAAAGAAUGACAAAACGGU